ACAUUUUUUUGCGGUAUUGUGAUUGGAAGAAAAGUGCAAUCAUCACCUUGAAAAUAAAGAUUAGGUGCUCAAUUCGGUCCGCAUUGCAGUGUUUACACAUUAGCUCUUUUUCCAAUGGUCAAAUGAACUCACAGAUUAGUGUUGAGUUCUGUAUAAAAACCUACAACUGCUACCAGGGCGACUUCUCUCACAGGCAAAGAUGGACUUCCCAGGUCACUUCGAGAACAUCUUCCAGCAGCUGAACCACCAGCGUGUCAGUGGUCAGCUCUGUGACUGUGUGAUCGUAGUGGGGGGCCAACACUUCAGGGCCCACCGCUCUGUCCUGGCAGCCUGCAGUACACACUUCAGGGCCCUUCUGAAUGCAGUGGAGGGGGAUGGUGGAGGAGCCAGUGUGAUGGAGCUGGAUCUAGAGGUAGUGACUCCUGAAGCUUUCUCCACCCUGCUGGACAUGAUCUACACCUCCACUCUCACUCUGGGGGUCUCCAACGUAAUGGAUGUGCUCCUGGCUGCCUCCCACCUGCACCUCAACACUGUGGUCAAGGCCUGCAAGCACCACCUCACCUCCCGCAGCUUCCCCACAUCGCCCCCGCGUGGUUGGAGUUCGCCAGUGCAGCAGCAGCGGUUCAGCCAUGCAGUGGACCAGCAGCACCUGAGGCAGUCUCCAUCCCAGGCAGCAGCCAUGGCCGGGGUCAACUCCAGGCAGCAAAGAUCUGUCCUACUCCAGCAGCUGGGGCUCAGCCUGGUCACAUCGGCCCUGGAAGGUAGCCUCGACGUUGGCGAGACUAAGUUGGAUGCUAGCCAGGCUGGAGGCAGGGACGGAGGGGUUGGAGCGGAUGGAAGCAUGGAGCAACUGGCAGCUCUCUCUGGUCGGCGUCACCACAAACGCAAGAGCUCUUCUCCCCAAAUGUUUCUGGAGGAGAGGCUGAACAGCAAGCAGAGUGGGUGCAGGCUGUCUGAGGGGAAUCACGGGGAGGGCUGUCCAAGGAUCUCCAGGAGUAAUGGGGGUGAUGAGAUUCACUCCCCUGACUCCCUGAAGACAGACGAGUGCCUCUGCCUGGAGAGGGGAAGUGCAGAGAAGCAGGAGGAGAAGUAUGAAGGUACUUUACAAGAAGAGGUACAGCUGCCUAGCCAAUCAGAUAGUAAUGUGGGAGGGACACGGGAUGAUGGGGGAGAGGAUCACACAGAGGGUUCUCAGGUGGAUGGAGGGAUUGUGUUUAAAGUGAAAGUGGGAGAAGAUGGAGAAGAGGAGGAUCAUAAGAUGGAUGUAGUUGUGAAGAGUGAGCAGGUGAACUCUUAUCCAGACACACCAGGUGUGUCCAAUUAUCCUCCAUUCCCAUCCGAGGACACUGGUGAUCAUCAGGAUGAGCCAGUUAAUGAUGAGAAAGACAUACUCAGCCCGAAGGGAAAUGACCCAAGCUCAUCCAACCCCCAUUCUAGCUCCAAUCCUCAGACAGACACACACCCACUCCAAGACAACACGGAUAGAGGAGAUGGGUUGUCUGAUAAUGAGGGCCUAGACAGAAACCAAGACCUGGGACUUUCCUGCAUUCUCAACCCCAGGAGUCAGCUUGAGGCAUUAGGAGUGGACAGUCUCAUUAACACCACCAUCAGUGAGGCUCAGGCAGAAAGCAAUGAGGCUGUUAGGUCACUUCAAAACUCAGAGGCAACAAACACCUCCUCUUCCUCCCUUAUGUUCCCAGUAACCUCUGUCCCCUUCCAGCAGCUCCUCAGUAGCGAGGGGCACAGUUUCAGUGAUGGAUUCAUCCUUCAGUCCACCCAGACUCAGGAUGUUCUGGGGGGCUUCUUGAGGGGCCUCAGGCCAGAUGUCGGCACCUUGGGCAGCCUCAGUUUGAGCACAUCCCUCUCCCGAUCAUCCAGGGCUGAGAUGACCGGAGUUGGGGGUAGCUUAGGGCUGCCAGUUUACCGUCGCAUCGCUCCAAAAGUGAACCCCAACUCUGAGGGCCAGAUAGAUGGACAACCCCAGGAUCCUUCCUCCUCCGGUCCAGCAGGGGGGGAUACUGCUCCUCGCCCUGCCCUCACCAGAGCAUCAGAGGACGUCCUUUCAAAGUGUAAGAAGGCCAUGACGGAGCACAACGUCCUGGUAGUGGAGGGGGCAAGGAAAUACGCCUGCCGGAUCUGCUGUAAGACCUUCCUAAACCUGACUGACUGUAAGAAACACAUCAGAGUCCACACAGGAGAAAAGCCCUAUGCCUGCCUCAAGUGUGGAAAACGCUUCAGUCAGUCGUCCCAUUUGUACAAACACUCCAAGACCACCUGUCUACGCUGGCAGAGCAGCCACCUGCCUGCCACGCUGCUCUGAGAGACCGGGAAAUCAGGUGGAAACACUGUGAAAAACAGCCGGUGCUACCAUUCAGAAAGCUCAUUGACAUUUUCCAUUGUUCUGCCAUAUCAGGGUUAUGUUUGCCUGGUCAUUGUUAUAAAUAUUGUUGAAGUAGACACUUUAAUAUUGAUGUGAAAACACAUGUUGACUGUGUUGAUGAUUUUAGAAAGCACACGCAGAAUGUACUGUAGUUUGUCUAGACGACGACUACAUGAAAUGUGAUGGUAAUCAUCAUAGAACAGAGAGAAUGGAACUCUUUAAUAUAAUCUUUACACUACUUCUCAGUAGGAUCGCUAUUGAACAGUGAUACAAAUUAAACUACAUUGGAACCAAACUGAUCCCUGACUAU